AUGGAAGCUGAAUCAGAUAUAUUAGUAAGACAAUCAUUUGAAGAUUUGGCCAAACUAUCUCGCAUGUUUGCAAUUGACAUUGGAUAUGAAUUGUUGUUUGGUGCUAUCACGUUCCCUGUUGGAUUGGUAGCAACCAUGUAUGGUGUUUCGGUCGGAGUUGUUACAGCAACUGCUGCAGGCGUAACUCGUGCUGCUUUUGUUAUUUCUUCAACUCCUCCCGGUUAG